AUUGACCUUAUUUUUGCAAGAUUAGAGCUUCCUAAAGUUCCCGACGAGCUUGAACUUAGGGAGAACACUCUUCUAAAAAACUUAGAUGAGACAUGCAUCAGAAGCCUAAACGGGUCGCGAGUAACGGAUGAAAUAUUACGCCUUGUUCCAAGUAUACCAGCGUUCCGCACAUCUUUAAGGUGUAUAAAACUUUGGGCAAAGAGACGCGCCAUAUAUUCUAAUGUAAUGGGAUUUUUUGGAGGGGUUGCAUGGGCAAUGUUGGUGGCUCGAAUCUGUCAACUAUAUCCAAAUGCUAUAGCGGGUGCGAUCGUUUCACGAUUUUUCCGAAUUAUGCAUCAAUGGAAAUGGCCUCAACCGGUAUUGUUAAAGCCAAUUGAAGACGGGCCUCUACAAGUCAGAGUAUGGAAUCCAAAGAUAUAUCAUGGUGAUCGGUUUCACUUGAUGCCAAUAAUUACACCCGCUUACCCUUCAAUGUGCGCCACACAUAAUGUCACGCAAUCUACUAAAAAAAUAAUAGAAAGAGAAUUCGGACGAGCUGCUGAGAUCGCGGACCAUGUAAUGAUUGGUACAGGAAAAUGGGCAGACCUUUUUGAAAAACAUGACUUUUUUAUAAGAUACCGAUAUUAUUUGCAGAUUAUAGCCUCUUCCGAUUCUUCUGAGAGACAGUUGAAAUGGUCGGGUAUGGUAGAAUCCAGAAUCCGUCAUCUAGUAUCAAAGCUGGAAAGUGUCGAGAAUCUUGCAUUGGCACAUCCUUUUGUAAAAGGGUUUGAUAAAAUUUAUCAUUGUACAAGUGAUCAAAUGGCGACUGAUGUGAUGCACGGAAUUUUUGAUUCAACGUCAACCAGUGAUAAAAAUAGCACGGAAUUAUCACAAAAUGGCACAGAACCGGCUACUGUUCGUGAUAUAUAUACUACUACCUUCUAUGUUGGAUUAGAUAUCAAUCCUAGAGAUC